CUGAAAUCUUAUUAGGCAAUAGAGACAAUGGAAAAUCGAUCAUUUUCAGCAGCCAUGAGAUCUCACUUCAGCUAGUAGCCUUUCCACUGGGCGAGUGGCCAACUGAGAACAUUUCCACUUCCACUCUCGCCGAUCUCUCAAUCUCAAAUGUCCGGAGGUUCCUUCUCCGAAUCGAUUUCCCUGGCCAAGGAGAAACCCUAGAUCCUCUCCGCAAUCGUCUCCCUUCCGCUCAUUGAACUCGAAGCUCGAAUAAUGUCUUCCAGGAAGCCAGGCGACUCCGAUGUGCUGUCCUCCCUGUACUCCAUGAUUCCACUCCUCUUCUUACUCUUGGCCUGCGUCGAGCUCUCCGACGCCGCCGCAGCAGUCGACGUCUACCGUCUGGUCCAGUAUGACAUCUCCGGGGUUCCGUUUGGAUCUCGUAUCGCCGCACUCAAUCACCACGCCGCCUCUUUGCAUUCCUCUGCCGGCGCCGAUCUCUCCCGCUCCGUUCUCAUCAUCCCCCUCCGGGAGUUGAACAUCUCUCUCGUCAAAGAAUAUAUUUCUCAAAAGAAGACUCUUGGUGGCUUGUUGCUUCUGCUUCCUCAAAUGUUUAAUUUUGAGAGUGGAGAUAUGGCGGUAACUAAGGAUGACAUUCAUGAGAUGGAGAGGCUGAAGAAUCUAUUAGUCGAAUUGGAAGAACUUCUGAUACAUGCUAAUAUACCUUAUCCUGUAUAUUUUGCUUUUGAGCAUGAUGACAUAGAAGCUGUAUUGGCCGACAUCCAGAGGAAUGAUGUAAAUGGUCAGGCGGCUACUCCGACUAAUGGAGGAUACAAGUUCGUGGUCUCAGCUCCAGAACCUAAAAAGCUUGCAUCUCCAAUCAUGACAAACAUUCAGGGAUGGUUGCCAGGAUUGAAACCGGAUGGAGAUACUAAUCAACUUCCAACUAUUGCUAUUGUUGCUUCAUAUGAUACCUUCGGGGCUGCUCCUGCAUUAUCAGUGGGAAGUGAUAGCAAUGGAAGCGGCGUUGUGGCUCUUCUUGAAAUUGCUAGGUUGUUUUCUCUUCUUUAUUCAAAUCCAAAGACAAGAGGAAAGUAUAACUUGCUUUUUGGUCUGACUUCCGGUGGACCAUACAAUUAUAAUGGAACUCACAAGUGGCUUAGGAGCUUCGAUCAACGUUUACGUGAGACAAUUGAUUAUGCCAUUUGUUUAAAUAGCAUUGGCUCCUGGGAUGAUAAGUUGUGGCUUCAUGUGUCAAAACCUCCUCAAAAUGCCUAUGUGAAACAAAUUUAUGAACGGUUCUCUGGAGUAGCAGGAGAACUUGGUCUUGAAGUUGAACUCAAGCACAAGAAAAUCAAUAUUUCUAAUCCUCGAAUAGCUUGGGAGCAUGAACAGUUUUCAAGGCUCAGAGUGACUGCUGCGACUCUUUCUGGGCUCUCUUCUGCUCCUGAACUGUUUCAACGCACAGGAAGUCUUUCUGAUAGCGGGUUAUGUUCUCCAGUCAAACUUACUGUCAUUGAAUUGAUGAUUCAAUGCUUGCCCUAUUUUGUUUUCUUCUGACAAGUAUUUCUGAUGAACAGAUAUCUUGUAAGCGAAGAUGCUAUCAGAAGAAGUAUCAAGUUAAUUGCUCAGAGUAUUGCGAGGCAUAUAUACGAUCAGCAGGAGGACAUGCCUGUCUUUGCAGAUGAUAGCAGCUUGGCUGUUGAUCUGUCUUACGUCAGAUUAUGGCUUGAUCUUUUGUCACGAACACCUCGAGUGGCACCAUUUCUUACAAAGAAUGAUCCCUUGGUUGCAGCACUGAAAAAGGAAUUGGCAGAGCAUACUCAUGAAGUAACUGUGCAGCAUGAGUUGCUUGAUGGGAUGUUCACAUUCUAUGAUUCAACCAAAGCCAAGCUGAAUAUAUAUCAGGUGGCUAGCGUUACAUUUGAUUUGCUAUUGCUUCUAGCCGUGGGGUCGUACUUGAUAGUGCUCUUCAGUUUCCUCGUCAUCACAACCAGGGUACAUGGACUCAUUUAUAAUUUCAAUCAUGAUAAUUGUGUUUCUAGUUUCUGCUUACUCUUCUUCAAUCACCCUAUAGACCAACUGUAAUCCAGACUUUCUGAGCCACAUGCGGUAUUUUUGAACAGGGUCUUGACGAUCUUAUCAGCAUAUUCAGACGACCUCCAUCCCGGAAAUCUAAAACAGGUUGAUCAACUGCGACCUGACACUUGCGAGACUGCGCUUUGCAGGUUGUCCACGCGUAUGCUGAAAUUCAGGAGUUUGCUGGAUCUAGUUAGCAAUCUGUUGUCUCUAGAGAUGAGAAUUAGAGUUAUGCCUUGUGAUUUUCUCAAGCUGGGUACUGAUGUGCUAGAUAGAAUUAGAAUUUAGAAGUGUUCCGCAAUGGUCUGUGCUACAGAAAAUUUUGCUAGAGAUUAUUAUGCAGGGCGCUCAAAACUUCUGUUUAUUGGUGGCAUACGUUACAGUCUUACAAACAAGAGAUGUAGUCAAAAUUGGAAGCUGAAGUAUUACCAGCUGAAUGAUUUGAGAAACUUGUCCUUAAACUUCGCCAAUGGAUUCGUAUCUGAAACCUUUCAAACGGCAGGACUUGAA